AUGCAAGGAAUGGCCUUGACCAUCAAUCAUACAACCCUUCCUGUUGUCGUUCAGUCAGACUCUUCAGAAGCACUAGCCAGCCUAUCAAACAAUGCUUUGGUUCGCUCGGCUUAUGGUCAUUUAGUUCUAGAGAUUAAGGAUUUGAUAAGUAGUAGGGAGUUUUUACCCCAGAAAAUUCACCGUAGCCAGAAUAGAGUUGCCGAUCGGUUGGCCAAUUACAGUCGCUCCGAGAGAACCACUGAUGUGUGGUUAAACUCGGUUCCACCUUGUAUUGAGGAUUUGUGGCCUCUCAUCUAUAACACUAUUACUUUGCAAUAA